AUGGCCUACAACUUUCCCAGCACGAUCAGCGCAGCACGGAUAUCAACCUUCAUCAGCACAGCCGCCUGGAUUCAGGGCACUGUCGCCACAGCCGGCGACGUCUGGCUGCCCGAGGAUGCACUCAACAACUUCCUGCAACGCCAAAGCCCAGCCGUUCUAUCCCAGCGAGACGCCAACAACGGCACGACACCCUCCCCAGGCGGUGCAGCCCCGCCAGAGUCUGAAGACUCGUCAGUGGGCGAUGAAGAGUCCGCAGACUCGAGCGACUCGUCUGCCGACGGCGAGUCCGGGGCCAGCACCGCCGACGGCGACGCGGCGAAGGAUGGCAUGGACCCAAUCACCUCGUCGCCAGUGCAAGGUGGUCUCGAUGGAACUUCUGGAGGGUCUGCCCUUCCAGCAGACGGCGGCGAUGCGAGCCGAGCAGCGUCAGGCUUGAGUCCUGGAGGACAGGCUGCCAUUGCCGUCUGGGUCGUCAUCGCUGUUGUCGCGGCGGGGGUAGCGUUUUGGUGGUUUCGGCGCAGACGCCGGAGGAACGCGCAAAGCAGCACAGCGUCCGUCCAGGAUCCAGAGGCUGCCCGCUCACAGCCAAUGGCCGCCCAGGGCGCUCUCCCUUCGAUCCUGCCACCGAUGGAUCCGGCAUUCAUCCAACGAUCCGAGAGCCGCCAGUCAGGCGCAGGCUUCGUGAUGCGUGCGCAGCCUCAGGACGACGACGGCGUCCCCUAUGAGCCAGCCUCGCAGUCGUGGAGACAGUCACCACCCCCCGGAGCUUAUGGCGGCGGCAUCGCCCAGACCACACUGAGCCGGUCAAACUCCCGAGUCGGACUGCCUUCGAACCCGCGGCCUGGAUCGCAGCGUGGGUCGCAGCGCGAGCUUGUUAUCGGCGCGCCUAUGAUGGGUGGCCCUUCGUACAGGCGGGAUCAGGACGCGAGGACUGUGGUUACAGCGGAUACCGAGAGCACCAUUUUCGAGUGGCGGUAG